AUGCCCUCAAUCACGCAACCUCUUAUACCCCACACAUCAGAUCCCGCGAACUGGCAACAAUGCGAGUACCGCCGCGAACUCUUCAAACUCCUCCUUUCCUACCUCAAUGGAAUCAAUGAGUUCAGCUCCGACUCCUACGACAUCGAUGCAGAAAAGCGGAUGAACUUCCUGCUCGACCUGUUCUGGCUCAGCGAUACAGAGGCCCUGCAAGCCCAGCUAGGGGACGACACAGCGCGUAUACAAACCGCUUUAAAAAGCUGGAUGAGCAUGCGUCACCAUUUGGGCGCGUUCCGCAGGGCAACGGGCUACUUUGGAUGGCCGGGCGAGCAGUGA